UUAAAUGUUAUUAACCAGCAGUCAAUCGAAGCUUGCCGGAGCGUAAAGGUGGUGGCAAAACCAAUCGGUGGAAUAUAGCAAAAUAAAGCCGUUCGUACUUAAGCUAUAGUUGCGGUGCGGUCGAAAAAUCGUGGAACGGAAGGUUCAAGUAAUUGCGGCGGUGAUAUUAUGUGAUUGAAAUAUUUAAUAGGUCUAUUGUUGAGCAAUUUGGCUACGAUCGGUGUCGUUCGGCUAAACCUGUUCGGAAGGAGCGGAAGUCCCGGGAAGAAUUUUUUCGGCAGUUUUCUGACGGCAACCGUCGCUGAGUGUAACUGUGCGUGUGCCCGCGAAGUCAAGUGCGGAAUAACAAAUGAGCUGAGCGGUAUUCGUUUUUACUGCUAACUAUUUGGCGGAAAUUUACAACUUAUUGCGAUGAAGCUCCUACAACGCAUUUUACCAUCAUUGCUAUGUCUGCUACCGCUGACGUACGCCUUGCCCCAAGUGGUGGUCAAAAGCGACAUCCUGCCAGAAGAGGAAAUGGUUGCCAUUUUGCAGCAGUACGACGCUGAAGUGCGCGAGUACUGCAAUCGCCAGGUGCAGGCUAACUGGAAUGUGGCAACCGACACGGAGAAUGAAGAGCACCAAGUCCAGCAGAACGAGGCUAGCUUGGCAUAUGCGAAGUUCCGGAAUGACUACUACGAGCAAUACUUUAAGGCGGCGGUAGUGGAAAACUACCAGAAUGAGAGCGUACGUAAACAGUUGACCCUGCUGAAGGAUCUCGGUACGGCCGCCUUGCCAACGGCAAAACUGGAAGAGUAUAACAAGGUUAUGAGAAGGUUGGACUCAGUCUACCAGCUGGCAGAAAUUUGUCCGUACGAUAAUCAGAACUGUGGUGCAGCUGAUCCAAAAUGGACGCUGGAUCCGGAAAUGGAGGAGGUAUUGGCGAAUUCAAACGAUUAUGAUGAAUUGGUUUAUGUCUGGAGGCGCUGGCGCGAAGAAUCCGGCAAGAAAAUGCGAGCAGACUAUAAACAGUACGUAGACUACGUAAACGAAGCAGCCACACUGAACGGUUACUCCGACUAUGGCGAGUUGUGGCGAGCACGGUAUGACGAUUCCGACCUACGUGGAACAUUGGAACGACUAUGGACGGAGGUUGAACCUUUGUACAACGAACUGCAUACAUAUGUGAGAUAUAAAUUGUUAGAUCUCUAUGGCGACAAGAUGGAUCGCGACAACAAAUUAAUCCCUGCACACAUUCUGGGUAACAUGUGGGCUCAGUCGUGGGUUAAUCUGUAUGACCGUAUCAAACCCUUCCCGGAGGCUAGUCUCGUGGAUGUGACGGCGAAAAUGAAAGAGCUAGGCUUCAACGCGAAGAAAAUGUUCGAAUUAUCGGACGAGUUCUAUCAGAGUUUGGGCCUACCCAGCAGUGCCAUGAGUUACGGUCCGAAAGCUGUUAUUGAGAAACCUGCGCAGAAAAUGGUGUGUCACGCUUCGGCCUGGGACUUCUGCGAUGGCGAAGAUUUCCGUAUCAAGAUGUGUACCAACGUCAACAUGGAAGAUUUCAUCACGGUUCAUCACGAGAUGGGCCAUAUCAUGUACUUCCUUCUUUACAAAGAGCAACCGCAGUUGUUUAAGACGGGUGCAACACCGGCAUUCCACGAAGCGGUAGGUGACACUAUUGCCCUUUCCGUUUCGACUCCUCAACAUUUGCAGAAAAUCGGUCUUUUGGAUGACUACGCGGAUAGUGAAGCGGAUAACAUUAACGCCCUGUUCGAGAUGGCUUUGGAGAGGGUGGCAUUCUUACCGUUUGGCUACCUGAUCGAUCUGUGGCGUUGGGAUGUGUUCAGUGGAGCAAUCAACGAAAGCGAUUGGAACCGUCAUUGGUGGACAUUGCGGAACAAGUACCAAAAAGUGUACGCUCCUGUAAGCCGUACCGAGGACGAUUUCGAUCCAGGAGCGAAGUAUCAUAUUCCUGCAAACUCACAGUAUAUCGCGUACUUCCUAGCACAUAUCUUGGAGUUCCAAUUCUACCGCUCACUUUGCAUUGAGUCGAAACAAUACGAUCCAAAUAAUAGCGCAGGUACGCCGUUGCACAAGUGCGAUUUCUACAAUAGCCAAGCUGCGGGUGACAAACUUAAGGAAGGGCUUUCACUGGGCUACAGUGAAGACUGGAGAUUGACGCUGGAGAAGUUGACCGGAGGACGAGAGAUUGGUGGCCAGGCAUUGCUGGAAUAUUUUGCACCGUUGUAUACAUUUCUGCAGCAGGAGAACAAAAAGUUCAAGAAUGCAGAAAUGGAGUCUAUCAUUGAAACGUAUAACAAAGAAUACUCUGUUGCCUGUAAUCGUCAGGUUAAGGCACAAUUCGCUACGCAGGUAGAUGUCGGAAAUGUUACACUGCAAGAAGAGCUGGCUCAGAUCCUUAACGAAAACACUCAGUUUGUGUUGGAAAAUUUCAAUAAACAUUUCGCAGAUGUUGACAUUUCGUACUAUGAGAAGCCGGAAAUUCGCCGGCAGCUGGAGUAUUUGACGCAGAUUUCGGUAAAUCGUCUUUCUUCGGAGGAUUUUAUUGCGCUAAACAGUGCUCUUGGUCGAAUGCAGAGUAUUUAUAGCAGUACUUUGAUUUGUCCUUACGAAAAUCAGAGCUGUGCAGCUGGUACCAUGAGCUUGGAUCCCGAUCUGUAUGGUGUAAUGGCGGACUCCGACGAUUACGAUAAACUCCUGUACGUUUGGAGGGAGUGGCGCGAUAAGACAGGACGUUUGAUGAAGAACGAUUACGUAGAGUAUGUACAUUUAAUGAACAAAGCUGCAGGAAUCGCUGGAUUCGAUGACAUGGGAGAACUUUGGAAAGAAGCUUUUGAACAGGAUGGGUUCGUAGAUUCAAUGAAACGUUUAUGGACUGAAUUGAAACCGUUCUACGAUGAGCUACAUAAGUAUGUCCGACGCCAUUUGUUGGAGUUAUACGGGGACAAGAUGGAUGAUAAAAACCCAAACAUACCAGCUCAUUUGACGGGAAAUAUGUGGGCUCAGUCUUGGGUCAAUCUUUACGAGCGCACUAAGCCGUUUAAAAAUGCGGCUGACUUGGACAUUACCAAGGCAUUGGUAGCGAAGAACUACACCAUCAAGGAAUUGUUUGAAAUUUCAAAUGAUUUCUACGUCGGUUUAGGACUUCCUGACAACAGUAUGAGUUACGACGAGGCUCGUGGAGCUUUAAUUGAGAAGCCAACGGAUCGAACUGUAACAUGUCACGCAUCUGCGUGGGAUUUCUGCGAUCGGCAAGACUUCCGUAUCAAAAUGUGCACUCGGAUGAAUAUGGAGGAUUUCGUUACAAUACAUCAUGAGAUGGGACACAUUAACUAUUACAUACUGUACAAAGACCAGCCAAUUGCCUUGAGAGCCGGAGCGAAUCCCGGAUUCCAUGAAGCGGUUGGUGAUACAAUUGCUUUGUCAGUGGCGACUCCAAAACAUUUCAGCAAAAUUGGACUCCUCGAAGAUUACAAGGAUAGCCCUGAGAACGAUAUCAACGCUCUGUACCAGAAGGCACUGGACCGUGUCGCGUUUUUGCCUUUCGGUCUGUUGAUCGAUAUGUGGCGUUGGGAGGUGUUUUCAGGAAAAGUGGAGUUCCCCGAUUGGAACAAGCGCUGGUGGGAGCUACGAGAGGAGUAUCAGAAAAUUUCCGCACCGGUAGAGCGUGACUUGGAUGCCUUUGAUCCCGGUUCAAAAUAUCACAUUCCUUUUGAUAGUCAAUAUAUUUCAUAUUUCAUCGCCCACAUCCUGGACAUGCAGUUGCACAAAACACUUUGUCAAGUAGCCGAUGAGUAUGAACCUAACAAUCCGGAUAAGCCGCUGCAUAAAUGUGACAUCGAUGGUUCCACGGCAGCAGGGGACCGCAUCCGAGCAGGUUUGUCCUUGGGUCGUUCCGUGCAUUGGUCCGAAGCGCUGCGUGAGAUGACCGGUGAAACCGAAUUGAAGACCGAUGCUCUGCUGGAAUAUUAUGCGCCGUUGUAUGAGUACCUGAAGGCAGAGAACGAAAAGGCAGAACCAGGUGCCGGUGCUACAAUUGUACUGUCUACCGUCCUGAUCGUAGCAACGACCGGGGUUAGCUUGUUGUUGAGAUUGUUGUAAAUAUAGAUGCGUGGACGCAUCCGUGCCUAUCAGUGCUGUAAAUAAAAUACUGUACUCAAUGGAAUGAUCAUUGAAGUUAAA